CAAAUUUUCUACAGCAGUCACUCAACGACCGACGGCGGUUCACUUGCAGUUUUAAGUCAUACCUUCAACUUCUUGAAUCUCUGCGAAAUGCUCAACAAAGCACAUAUACUCGUACAUGUAGAUUGUAGGUAUUCCUUGAAAGUGUGUAUUUAAAAGUAAAAAUUAUUAUUGUCAAGGAUUAAUUUUGCGUGCAUUAUUGUAUAAUAAAAAUGUGAUUUAUACGACAAAGAGUUCUGGCCUCCAAGGAUUGUGUACAGUGUUGCAAUUUAAUUUUGUGUGCCUAAUAGUGUUUGAAUAGUCCUUAAAUAAAGAGUGAAAGAGAAAAAUUAAAAUAAAAUAGAUACGUACCUAUAUGGCUAGAUUAUUUCGCCAAACGGAGGGCCUCAAUCUCUCCGACACCCCUUUGUGACCAUUUCUCAUUGAAUGGUAUGGAAAGAAUGCCUUCUCAACUUAUAAAGUGAAACCGGCGGCGUAAGGUCAUGUGUACGAGUAGUAACGUCCGUGGAAGUGAAAUUACGAUGUAAAUUAUUCAAUUUAAAACAACGAUUUCUUUUUGUGGUUGUCGUCCAGUCUGUUUUUCUCUCAUUUCCUCAUUCGUUCCUCAUUAUACCUUCAUAUGCCAUAGCAAAAAUUGCACAAGCAUAAUAAAAUAAAAGCAGAAUAAAUGUCUUCUAAUGAUAAAGUAUACAUUUACCUGUAGGUACGUAUGUAUGUGUGGUGAAUACUUAUACUGCUUUAGUUCAGGAUAACCAACCUUUUACACCAACCUGUCGUGUAUGUGCGCGCUGAUGACAGCCAUGAGUGAAUAAAUAAAUACUGGAUUUUUAUAUCUCAACCAAGUAAAUAACAUCUACUACAGCAAAACAACAACGAAAUUGUUGUUUAUUUUAUAAAACAAGAAAAAGUGUCCUGUGAGAACCGUACGGUGAAUAGAUUGAUUGCCGUGGCAAUGUGAUAUGAAUAAUUUAUUGCCACCAUCAGGAUGUGCGAAUGUGAAUGUCUUUUAAAUAUGCCGCACGCAUCCCCUACUUAAUGGGAUUGCUAAGCAAAACUCGGAAAAAGGAUACCUGUUCAAAUACCAAGUGAAUUAUUCGAGUUUCUGUAUCUUUCAUGUGAUUUAUCAAUGAUUAACUCGGUUUUGUGGCUAAACGUUCGUUUCGCCCUUUAGUCACCAUCAUCACUCACCUAAUUUUACUCUCGUUACAAUGAAUGAUAUAAAUGGUUUGUGAUUACUUUUUAUCACCAACAUUGUUGAAAAAAUAUGAGUCAAACUUAAAAGUAUUUCUUAACAAAACAAAAGAAAUAUAUACAUAUAUUUUAGACUCCGACUGGAUACAAAAUAUAAAUUAAAUCAAUCUGGAUUUAUAAAAACAGAAUUUAACACAAGAAGAAAACGUGGAACAGCAGCUAGACAUCCUCAUUUGUGAGCAUUCAGGCAGAGGACCAUAAAGAUAAAUCAGCUAAUCUGCAUCUUUUUUAGUGUCCUAUUCCAGAUCCGGUCCUGAGUAUCAUUUCGUUUUCUUAGUUCCUCACCAGUCACCUUAGGUACUAUGCUUUAGUUCCUGUUUACAUCAGUAACGGAAGAAAAUUUAUUGCAAUUAGAAGAGGGACCCAAAUAAUUAACAGGAGAUAUGUUGAUCUUAGUAUACUGCACUUAGUGAGGAGGUCGCCAGAAGGUGCCUGACUCUUUGCACCCCAUGUGCAAAUGGGAUCUUUAAGGUCAUGAGCAUGACGGAAAUAAGGUGAAAGAAGAGGAUUUGAACACACCGUCAGCCUUGUAGAAAAGGACAUUUCUUGCGGUCAUCACACUUUACUCUUCAUCCUCCCCAGAGCAGAUUCCUUAAAUAAAGGAGAACAACUAUAGUAACCAAGUAAGGGCAACACGAGUGAAGAGCAAUAAUCAGGCUUCUAACAUGGAAUCAAUAAUUCCUACUGCUACUGUAUUGGAGUCUGUAUAACAACUGCACAUUCAACGGCAGCUUACUUUUUGCAUUCAAUUGAUGGUUAUAAUGAUAAUGGCCAACACAGAUGCUGUUAGAUGGUAUAGUAUUGGUGUGGCGCUGCCACUACGACCAUACAGCCAUUAUUAAUAUUCGCCGCAGGACCAACUUUUCGUAGAAUUAAUUGAACUCGGUCUUUGAUCGACGAGAACGACGACGUAGUAAGAAUACGAAGUCAAAGUGCGGACGUUUGUAACACAGACCUCAACAAAUCGAAUAUAUCGUCUAGUAAAACUUGUAAGAAUAAUGUCAGGAAGAGUCCAAUAGAAGUCCAAACAAGAGUACUAAAGAAAGACGGAAAUCUAGGGUACAAAAAGGCAAUCAUUAAAUCAUGAAUAACAUGAGUGAGAAACCCCCACCCCCACAACCUCCUCCACCACCUUUACUAAUGCAACAUAGCAUCCUGCCCUUACCACCUCCACAAACAAACGAUCAAUACCAAUAUGAGCCAGCAUAUGUGACACUUGGAAAGACUUCGAACAAUAAUAGCAUCGCCAUGGCGACGGCAGCGACGCCAACGGUGACGUCCACAACAACGAUGACAAUGACAAUGACAACGUCUCCAAACGGUGACGAAGUUUCCAAUUUGCUUAAGUACCAAAGUGGAAUCGGUCUUGGCAGCGGCAUAGUCGGUGUAACAUCGGGCUUACCAGAUGGCAACCUACUUAUCCUUGGGAAAAGCAUGAACAAUGCGAAUCCGUCAAUAGUCAUGGGUGCCAGUGUCGGUGGUGCUGGAAGUGGUGGCGGUGUUAGUUGUGUUGGCGUUAGUGGUAUGGGACACAUGAGUUCCGUUGGAAUAAGUGGUGGAAACAUUGGAACCAGCAAUACAAGUUGUAACAAAAAAUCGACUGGUGGUGGUGUCGGCGGUAGCAGUAGUCGCAAAGCGAAACGAAAUUGUUGUUAUUGCUUUGGGAGGCCAUCGGCGAUGAAGCCCAUGUCAUUUUGGACAGGCUUAAUAACAAAUUUGGGAAUUUGUACAUUACUCUUAGCGUAUACACUUUUAGGUUCAUUCAUAUUCUUGACCAUCGAGAACGAAGACUAUUCACUGUUACAUCAUCAACAGAGGACAUUGGCGUCAACGAAGCGGCAGAGUGGCAGUAAUAGCCUUCCACCACAACGACGUGUCGAUAAUUCCAGUAUCGCUAGCAGCAGUAGUAGUGGUAGUAGCAGUGGUAAUGGUAGUGGCAGAACGGGUAGUAGCGGUUUACUAUUAAAUGGAAUAAAUGCUCCGCAAUCAGCGAUAGAGGUGGACACAUAUGACGUCCGACAACAGACCAUCGAGAAUAUAUGGGACAUUACAGUCUCCUUGAAUAUCCUUUACAAGGAAAAUUGGACAAAAUUAGCAGCUUUGGAAAUUGCAAAAUUUCAAGACCAAUUAAUAAAGAGACUGAGCGAGGACGUAACCUUAUCAAAUCUAGAUGAUAGUAGCCCAGCUUCUGAGGCGGUUCUGCUGUUGCCACAUGGUAGAGAUGACGAAAAUUAUGAGUGGAAUUUUGCAAAAGCCUUUUUAUACUCGCUUACAGUGUUAACUACUAUUGGCUACGGUAACAUUGCUCCAAAAACGACGCUGGGUCGAUUAGUAACAUUAGCAUACGCCAUCCUGGGUAUCCCCUUGACUCUUAUAUACCUCUCUAGCACGGGGGGUGUCCUGGCGAAAGUUGCCCGAGAAGUGUUUUCACGAGCCUUAUGUUGCUGCCUGUGUUCGAAUUGUGGCUACUGCUGCUAUGACGAGAAACGGAUGGCCGAAAAAGAGCGUCGAAUGAAACGGAAGCGCCAGCAAGAGGAAAUGCGCGCACAGCAAAGUGCUAUGAACGAACCCUUCUAUGUGCGACCGGGUUCGUUGCACAACAAUUUCCAUUCACCAGAGAAACAACAGCACCUUGUUGGCCCUCAUAACAACAUGCUGCCAGAUGUCGACUCCUUGAGUGCCUCGGAUUCAAGAGGCUCCAUGCAUGGUCUUAGCAUAUUGGCUCCUAUCCUACUUUGCUUGUGCAUGAUGAUCAUCUACAUAAUGUUUGGUGCGGCAGUGCUCUAUCGGCUGGAGAAUUGGCCCAUUCUCGAUGGAGUUUACUUUUGUUUUAUGAGCUUAUCGACAAUUGGAUUCGGUGACUUGGUGCCUGGCCUCAAAAAGGAGUCUACAGCAACGACGUGGUUCUGUUCAGUGUACAUAAUGUCAGGGAUGGCCCUGACGGCAAUGUGUUUUAAUGUGUUGCACGAGGAGAUUGUGCACAGAAUCAAAGUGGUAGUUGAGUUUAACAAAAAUUCUACACUUGAAAAUGAAGACGGGACGACAAAGCAAGGCUUUUACAUGCCCCCUUGACAUUACGCAAAAAACACCAAUCUCUACCAUAGGAAUCCCACCGAGGAGACUCUGGUGUCAAGUACACCAACCUCAAUUGUGUUUAGUCAGGAUCCGGAUAUUGGUCAAAUAAAUAGUCUCAAAGAUUAUGUGAAUCACGAGUUAGUGCCAAUUAUGACAAUGGAUCCGAACAGUGCGCCCAGCAAUACGACACAUCUGCUUAAGAGUAAUGUUGUUUCGUUGCCUCUGAACAAUCUUAUUUCACAUACAAAUGGAAAUGAUGGUAGUGGUGCACCUCAACAGUGUUCUCAACUAAUGGAUAGUUUGCCACCACCUUCACAAGCAUCAACAGAACCCCUUCAGCCACAACAGCAACAACAACAGGUGCAAUUGACUCUAACCGGAGUGUAUACGUUAGCAGAAGAGCCAGAGCUAGAAGCUGAAGAAGAAGAAGAAGAUGAUUGCCUGAAUCAAGAUGAAGCCACUUAAAUUUUACUAGGGGUUUGAUUUGCGUAGAAAUAUACUUAAAAGACAACCUAGGUUUUUAUCUCUCUAUAUAUUUUUAAUUUAACACGAUGAAGUCUUGAAAUUGUAUGCAAUUUUCUUAACAAUAGUUUGAAAUUCUAGUUUUAUACAUGCAAAUAUCAAUUUUAAACACACAUACAUACGUAGCUAUACAUAUAUUUAAGUAUUUAUAGCAUUGAAAUAAGACAAACAUACCUCAGAGUUUCUCUCCCAUUGAAAUAAAUUCACUAAGGUCGAGCUAACUCAAAAAUAUAUUCUUUAUUUGAAAACAGAUGAUCAACUAAAUCUAAUGGAUAGUUAUUUGCAUACUUAAGAACUUAUCCGUUUCCGAAUGUUCUUGAAUGUGUGGAAGGAACCUGAUUAUAGCCCUCAAAAUACUUACGUUUGCACCUCUGUCAGUUACGUGCAAAUUUAGCAACACACUUGGCAGUAAAUUGACUGUCGUUUUACUAUUAUGAACGAAUUGUCGUGCUCACGCAAAAAUUGUGGUGUUUGUUUCCAUUUAUCAACGCAUAACGCAAUUUCAAUGUGUCUUUUUUAUGGAUCCAACAAAUUUAUUCAAGCUUAUUUUUUAAUAAUAAGGUUAUGAAGUUGACUGACUUUUCAAAAGCUUGUAACUAACUUAGCCCACGGAAUUACUUUAUUAAAAUUAAAGAUCUCGGGUUUCCACUAUUUUUCUUACCUUGGAUCACUCAUACCUUGAAAACAGGUCCUCUAAAUUAAAAUUUAUAAAUUGUCAUUUAGAAGUCGUAUUCUUUUACAAGCCAAAAUGUAUAGUUUCACAAUUUGGUUUGGAAAAAAUAGCCUUACCUUCAACCCUUAAAAAUGCCAGACGAUAACUUUUACUAAAAUACGAAUCGUUAGCGUAUUUGUUUGUUGUAUAUCACAGCAAAAACUCGAAUUUACACAGCACAUUAAUUUUAUUGUCAAUAAGGCAAGCUCUAUGUUUGGUUUUAUAAAACACUGGGCAAAGGACUUCAAUGAUCCCUAUGUUACUCUAUCUUUGUAGAAUUGCCACGUUCGUCCUCAUCUUGAAUAUGCUUCGUAGAUAUGGACUCCUUAUAACCUAUAACGAAAUUCAUAGAAAACGUAUUGAAUCGUUUUCCCUGGGCUGAUCCUUAUGAUCUGCCUCCGUAUGAAAAUCAUCUUCUUCAAACGCAAUCUCUGCAUCAAAGGCGUGUAAAUAAUAAUAUUUCUACAUCAACUCAUUAAUAAUGAAAUUGAUGCACCUCAUUUGCUAUCCUGUCUACAUUUGAAUCACCGAGGCGGAACUCUUCACCUGCGUGCACUUAAUUUUAUACGUAUUGACUUCCUCAGAACUAACCAUUGGAAGAAUGAAGCUUUAAGUCGAAUGAGCAUUUUAUAUAACUUAAACUGCUUAUCAAUAGAUUUAAACCUAAAUAAGUUGGGAUUAAAAUCAUUGUUCAGAACCAGUGCUCCACUAUCGUGAACGUCUCUAUUUUAUUUUUGGUUCUGUAAUAGUUAAAUGUUAAUUAGGUUUUGUAUUUUGUGCGCGUGUUAGGCUAUAAUAUUGUAUUAUUUUCUUACUAUACACUACAGUUCCUGUCCAAAUCAUUAGAAGCACUGCAGAAUUUUAUUAGUAGGCCUAGGAUUUCCACGCACUUAAAAACGCAAUAUACCUAUGCGCUUAACCUUGUAUCUCCCUCUUUUCAAUGAACACAAAAAAACUUAGUAUUCAGUUUUUAUAAAGAAAAUCCGUCUUUUUUAUCAUUCAAAGAAGCUAAAAAACAAGUGGGUAAAUUAAAAAAUACACAAAACAUAAACAAUUAAUACAAAUUACAUCAGCAUUAAUGUAACACAAACAAUAGGUAGAAAAAUUGACAUAAAUCAUGAAAUUCUUCUUAAAGUUUUUAAAACAAAGCUUUAGCGAUUGGGACUUUGAAACGUCUUAUACAUCGAAAAGGUGAUGUUAGUGUUGCCUUGCAUAUAUUUUUCAUUGUUGAAAACCCUUAAUUUUUUACUAGAACAUUCUCAUGCUUCUUUUGUAUAGCUGGAGAAAAAGAUCCUUACCAGCAGUUGU